AUGCAUUACACUGAUAAUGAGGAUGUUCAUGCAAUGCAUGAUGCAGUCUAUAUGAAGUACAUCAUGUUCAAAAAAUUCCAAGGUGCAAUGCAGAUAGUAGCCAUGGCAGAGACUGUGAUAUACAUUAACAUGGAUGACUCAUCAGAAAAUUAUUGGAUUCGCUUGCUAGUCCGAGAAUGGGCUCAGUUCUGCAUCUUUGUUUACAUAGGGUGGACUUUUAGGUCAAGGGACUUGGCACCACGAUUCUCUGUUAUGCCAACUUUAAAAUCUAAAGGAGAACUAGUGGUGCCUCCAAUUUAUAGCAUUGAAAUGGAUGCAGAAACUUUCAGAGAUUUCACGAAGCAUGAAUGGCACAUUGGAGUGCCAACUACACCUUCCUGUGAUGAAAGCUCCAAGGAUUCUGUCUUGGUAAUAAUUCAGCAUCCACAUGCAUAUAGGCCAACCGCAGCCGGAAAAUCUUGCCAAAGCCGAGGGCAGCCAGUGUAG